ACAUGGUCCCUUCCAUGUAUUGCUGUAGAGACACAUGGAGGGCCUGACUUCUCUCUAACACAAGCUUUAGAAGACGUCUCUCAACAAGGAUAUGCCCAGAUUGUGGCCCUCCAGGAGGAACAACAAGUGCUCAGCUCUCUCCAGGCCACACUACAUUGAGAAGAAAGGCAAAGAAGCUGAAGUGGAGUUAAAAACCAACGUGAGGCAGAUUCUCAUCCUGGAGGGUGAGAUGGAACAGCUGCAGCCACAGUUGCAAAACCUGGGCUUGCGUUCCAUCACCGUCUACAACGAAAACACAGUGCUCCGACUGCUGAUCGAGGAAGAGGAGGACAACUCCAGCUGCGUGCUGGCCGGUUACAACACCUACCGGAACAAGUUGGAGAGCCACCUGACGGCCGUCUUGCAAGCGGAGAGCCAGACGAGGGCUCACAGGGAGCUUGUGGAGAAGAGGACUCUGGUCAGAGUGCUCACAGAGAGGAGAGAGGAGCUGAGGGCCGACCUGGAGAACCCAGAGGGGAACGCUGUGAAGCAGGCACAGAUCCAGAACAGACGGUACGAUGCCAUCGUGAAGCGUCUCCACUGCCAACUGAUGAAGGCCCAGUCCGGCCACAGGCAGUUGUCUGAUGAUAUCUACCACAUGGAGAGAGAGAUCCAGGACCUCAAGAGACACCUCGAGGUGCCAUAAGUUAGCAUUCUGGUUCAUAAAACUGUACGUUUUGUAGUAUGACCUAAGGCUAGGAGUUUUCCCAAGCCAAGACAUACUUCAGGCCCUAGUGUAGGUCUGUGCAUGACAGUUUUGUUGCUGUUCAUUUUACAUUUUUCUCUCUCAUAGUUUUUUCAGUGAAAGUGAUGAAUUGGAAAGCCAUUAAUUAAACAAAAACAUGUUUUUACAGAAAACUGGCUUUCUCUCCCCAUUACAAGUAACUUGGGUUUCCCCCUGAAUCUAGAGAUAUUUCUGACACUCACUGGCCAGCAGGGGGCAAUGGUUUCAACCAAGAAAUAGCAACUAUUCCUGUGUUACUGUAUAGAAGACAAUAAUAACUGACAGUCACUUUGUAGACAAAACAACCUUUAUUGGUGUGUUUCUCUCCUGUCUCUCAUCAUCUUGACAACAACAACAGAUCAGAACAGGAGACAAACUGAUGAGAUGGAGACGUGAAGGAAACCUUUUAUACAUUAAACCAUGGCAGGGAUCGCCUUAGCGUAAAUGCUGUACAUGAUACAACCAACUACCGGCGGAUUACACACACUAAGACACGCAACAUCAGAGGAACAGAAUACUGAGUCAUCAUCAACUGUUUUAGGGUUGGAGAAUAAAGCAAUGACCAAACUUUCCUUUCUGUCUCUCUCUGUCUCUCUCUGUCUGUCUCUGUCUGUCUCUGUCUCUGUCUGUC